UUUCGCUUUUCAGAUGCGCUCAGCUUUGGCCAGGUGAACGUGGAGCCCAACACAGCGCUGCUCAACGAGGGCGAUCGCACCGAGCUGCUCUGCCGCUAUGGACGCGCCAUCAACUACUGCCGCAUCGAGAUACCCGGCGAGCAGAAGGUGCUCAAUUUGUCGCCCAACUGGAGCAAGACGCCCGGAUUUACCUACUACGGCUCCGGCCUGAAUGCCGGCCAGUGCGGCGUCAGCAUUGAGCGAGUCAAGGCCAGCAACAAUGGCCAGGUCAAGUGCAGUCUGGGCGUCGAGGGCGAGGAGCUCUCCGGCACCAUAGAUCUGGUUGUGGCAUUGCGCCCGCAGCAGCCCAUCAUUGAGCUCAUCUCGAAGCCCAACCGCGAUGGCUUCUUCUCGGAGAACACCGAAUUCCACGCCCGUUGCAGCGUGCGCGACGGCCGUCCGGCUGCCAACAUUUCCUGGUACAUCGACAACAUGCCCGCCAACAAGCGCACCAGUCCGCUGCAGGUUGUGGCCACGCCCACCCACGAUAAUGUCGAGCUGUCCACCUCAGUGCAGGACAUCCAAUGGCCAUUGACCGCCGAUGACAGCAAUCGCAAAUUGGUCUGCCGUUCACAUCAUCAAACCGAUCGCGAGAGUGUCCCGCCCCAGGAGGCCGCCUACAUCAUCAAUGUGCGAUAUGCGCCCGUUCAUCAGCCAGAGGCAUCGGUCUAUGGACUCUACUUGGAGCACACCGCCAUUGUGAAUAUUACGAUUCGUGCCAGCCCGCCGCCAACUAUUGAGUGGAACAUCGAUGGCGCCAUUGUCUCGCAGGGCCGCACCGAGGGACGCUAUUCGGCCUAUGAGCCGCAGUAUGUGGGCAAUGACGAGUACAAUGUGACCCUGGCCAUUGCCGGCCUCACGCUGGAGGACACGACCAAAACGUACAAUCUGCGCGCCAGCAACGAGCUGGGCACCACCGACUACCAUGUGCGCAUCAGUUCGUCGAGCAAGCCGCCCAGCAGCAGCUUGGAUGUGGCUGCCAUUGUGGGCAUCGUUGUGGCUGUUGCUGUUCUAGUCCUGAUUGUGCUGCUCAUCCUGUUUGCGCGCGCCACCGGCAGAUGGUGCUUUGGCGGUAAAUCCAUUAAGACGCCCACAAACGAAACCAGCGACACCGAAAGCGCCGACAUAAAAGCCACCUCCACCUCAACCGCCACGGCAACAACAACAGCAACGACUACAGGAGCCGGAGCCGGAGCCGGAGCAGGAGCAGGCGCUGGCAUUGGAUCCGAGGAUGUGGGCAACAAUGGCAACGACCAGGAGGCGCCAGCCGGCAAGAAGGCCAAGCGCCUGCCAGCCUUUGCCGUUGCCAUUUUAAAGCGCUUCAAUGAGAAGGAUGCCGGCAAGAAGGAUGCCAAGGACAACAAUGGUGAGACGCUGACAACGGCGACAGGCGCAAAUGACAACGACAACAAUACAACAACAGCAGCGGCAGCAGCAACAACAAUCGAUGGCAAUGACAAUGAACCAAAGCAAGACAAACAACUCGUCUAUGCUGAACUUGUACUAAAGCCCGCCCAGGAGAAGACGACAGCUGCAAUAACAACAACAGCAGCAGCAGCAACACCAGCAAACACAGCGACAACAACAACAACAAGCGCAGAUGCAGCUGCCAAAAAUGCAACAGAAUAUGCCGAAAUAGUCUAUGUGCAGAAGGGCGAUGGCAAGAAAUAAAAAUACUCUACAAAUGCCCAAUGAGGCUGUAACAACUGCAGCUACAACAAGAGCAACAACAA